CGCCGUCAACAGUAUAGAUUUGUAGCGGGUCGAGUUUAGGACGGGUUGGAAUUAAGUGUUAUAGUCAGGCGGAGACUAAUGCGGGUGUUGACUUAAGUGGAACGUGUACUUAAUGAAUAAUUUUACUACGGUACUACCCUCACGCUGAGUUAUACAUAUUGGUUUUGUUGCUGUGAUUUUUUCUUCUGUUUUUGUGCAAAGUGAUUACGUGCUUGUAAAGUGCAUCUUUUCAGCACCGGCAAGUCUACUUGGUGUUCCUAUUUCUGCUCAAUAAUAACAUGAGAACAUUCUUAAAAUCCACACCGCUAAAUUAUGGAUAGUUCGAAGAAACCUACAAAGGAAAAUCCUAAAUCAGGUGCAAAUAUAUUGUCACAAUUGUUAUUUUUCUGGGUCAUUCCAACACUAUAUAAUGGCUCUCGAUAUGGACUGCAACCUGACGACAUGACUAAAUGUUUGGAUAAAGAUAGCUCUGAAGAUCUGGGGGAUAAAUUAGAAGAACAAUGGUUCAAAGAGAUCGAUCGUGCCCAACGGAAUGAUCGGAAGCCAUUAUUGCGUAAUGCAAUGAUUCGGACUUUUUGGAGACAUUCUGUUGUCGAUGGAAUUAUGGCAUUUACUUAUGUUAUGCUCAAAUCGCUUAUACCAGUUGUUUUGGCUCAGCUAUUGCUGCAAUUUCAACAACCUUUAGCGCCGGGGGGAACAAAUAGCACCUCUCUAUCGGCAGAAGAUGCUAGUGCAGUAUCAGCAACGUCUUCAGAGCUCCCCAUAAUUAAAAGAAGCAUUUCAGAUGGUUUAAGAGAUUUUAGGAAUAAUUUUGGCGAAUAUGAGAAUCUAGGCGUGUUCAGUUUGGUAUCCGAUAUUGAAAAUGGAAAUGGAAAUCCCAAUUCACUCUCAGGAGGAGAUAGUAAAAACGAUACAGGCAAACCUAAUGCACAUUUUACGCCUUUGGAACCUUGGAAGAACAUGACAUCGGUGAGCGAAAAUAGUGAACCUGAUUUUUUCACUAUGAUUUGGAACGAUUACUACUGGUUGGCUUCAAUCGUAGUGAUAUCUACUGUGAUCGGGUGCCUUAUAGGUCAUCAUUUGGAUUUAAGGCAGCGGCUACUGGGAGCUCGGAUGAGAAUAGCUUGCAGUUCAGCAAUUUAUCGGAAGACAUUGCGUCUGUCUAAAAAGACAGCAGGCCAGACACCGGCCGGAUAUUUGAUAAAUCUUCUAUCAAAUGAUGUUGGCCGAUUAGAUUAUGGUUUCGUAUUUAUGCAUUAUAUCUGGAUUAUGCCAAUACAGUCUGUGCUAAUGUGCUACAUAAUUUGGACAAAAAUCGGUAUAGCAGCGUUAGUGGGCGUCGUCGGUCUGUUAUUAAAGACGAUUCCUGUUCAAACCGCCCUCAGCAGACUUUCAUCAGUGCUGCGAAUGAAGAUCGCCACAAGAACAGAUAAACGAGUUGGCAUAAUGAAUGAGCUGAUACAGGGAAUACAGGUAAUUAAAAUGUAUGCAUGGGAGAAACCAUUUCAAGCAGUUGUAGCUGAAGCGCGCCGGAAGGAAGUUAAACAGAUUCGUUAUGCUUCCUAUUUACGAUGUUUCUAUUUGAGUACUAUGGUUUUCACAGAACGAUCGACGCUCUUCAUUACGGUUGCUGCCGCGGCACUCUUGGGUUCUAAUGUGACUGCAGAUGUUGUCUUCUCAAUGGCACAGUUUUACAAUAUUUUACAGUUAGUAGCUGCAAUUUUUUACCCUCUUGCUGUGUCUUUCGGAGCAGAAGCGCUUGUAUCCAUAAAGCGUGUGCAAGAAUAUUUACUGAUGGAAGAGCACGACGAAAAAGUAAAAGGUCUUACUCAGAAAACAGAUGAAUUUAUUAUAAAGUCGGAUGAGAAAGCUGUUCUGAUGAAAAAUGUCACAGCCACUUGGGAGCUGAAUCGUACGAAUACUCUGAACAAUAUUGAUUUGGAAUUGCCUCAAGGAAAAUUGUGUGCUAUCAUCGGACCAGUUGGAGCCGGGAAAAGUUCUCUUUUACAACUCCUUCUUGGUGAACUUCCAAUAUUAGAUGGGUCUGUAAUUGUGAACGGAACAACGUCGUUUGCAUCUCAAGAGCCUUGGCUUUUCACGGGAACUGUUCGAAAUAAUAUACUCUUUGGAGAGGAAUACGAUAAGAAACGUUAUCAUGAGGUCACCAAAUGCUGUGCAUUACUUGAUGAUUUUAACCAGCUGCCAAACCGCGACCAAACUGUGGUUGGUGAACGUGGUGCCUCCCUUUCCGGAGGUCAACGAGCUAGAAUAAGUUUGGCAAGAGCAGUAUAUAAGCCAGCGUCAAUAUACCUCCUCGAUGAUCCGUUGAGCGCUGUGGAUGCACACGUUGGUCGUCAUCUUUUUGAUGAAGUUAUCGGCCCAAAAGGCCGUCUCGCAAAGCACAAAGCAACCCGAAUUCUGGUCACACAUCAAGUUCACUUUCUCACCGAAGCUGAUUGGAUAAUAAUAGUUGAUAAUGGCAUCAUCCUGCGCCAGGGAACAUACAAAGAGUUAGCUAAUAGCGAAUUAGAUUUCGCUAAAUUACUUGAAAGAUCGGAUGAUGAGAAUCCAGAAGACUCUACAUCUCUGAAGGAGGAUGUUUACGAGGAGGAUGAUAUUCCGUAUAUCGAUGGUGUGAAAGGAUAUCGACCGCUUGUCAAGAGGAGCGAUUCGACUAGUUCUGGAUCGGUUACAAAGAGUGUAAUUAACUUUGCUGAUAUCCAACGAAAUGAUUCUAAACAUAUGAUCAACAUAUUACAGAUAAGUGUGGAACAAAAUAUUGGCGAAGACGAAAAUGCCGAGGACCAAGCUGAAGGCUACGUCUCAUUGAGAGUCUGGAAGAAGUAUCUUUCGGCAGGUGGCAAUGCUGUUUGGCUCUCUUUUAUGCUUUUCAUCAUGAUUUUGUCACAAGUAGUUUGUAGUGGAUGUGAUUAUUUUGUUAACAUUUGGACACAACAAGAAUUUCUGAGGAAAAACAAUCUGCCGACAUUGUUUUCCUUGAAUGAUGGUCUUCUCAUCUACCUACUUCUUAUCUUAGGAGUCGUGGCGAUGACGAUAUAUCGUGGCUAUUUGUUCUUCAUAACAUGUAUGCGUUCAUCUAAAAAUCUUCAUAAUAAAAUGUUUGGCAGUAUUUUGCGCGCUGGAAUGCGUUUUUUCGAUACAAAUCCAUCUGGACGCAUUCUGAAUCGGUUUUCUCGUGAUAUGGGUUCAAUUGACGAAUUCUUGCCUAGGGUGAUGAUGGAUUUCAUUCAAAUAACUCUAGUAAUGUGUGGAAUUUUGGUGGUGAUAUGCAUUGUAAACCCGGUUCUUUUGCUGGCGUUGUCUGGUGCAAUUGUUUUGUUUUACCUAUUGAUUCGCAUUUACUUGCAACCGUCACAGGAUUUGAAACGAUUAGAUGGCAUUGCGAAAAGCCCGGUAUUCUCACAUUUAUCAUCAUCACUGUCCGGGAUUUCAACCAUACGAUCAAGAGGGUUGCAAGACACUUUGAUGAAGGAGUUUGAUAUACUACAGGAUGUUCAUAGCGCAGUGUGGCAUUUAACUUUAUCAGUGAAUACGGCGCUCGGCUUAUGGUUCGAUUUAGUCAGUUGCUCUUUCCUGGCGGCAGUAUCAUUCAGCUUCAUUCUAAUUCAUGAAAACACAAAUAGUGGCAAUGUAGGAUUAGCUAUAUCGCAAUGUAUGAUCCUUACCGGAAUGGUACAGUACGGGAUCCGACAAGCAGCAGAAACCAUGCAACAAAUGACCAGUGUGGAAAGAAUUUUGCAAUAUACCGACUUGCCUUCUGAGUCAAGUUCACCUCAAAAGCCAGUAAAGGGUUGGCCAUCGCGAGGAAAAGUUGUUUUCAAUAAAAUGACAUUAAGAUACGAUCCCGAAGGUUCUCCAGUACUCAAAGGCUUAGAUUUCACUAUACAACCAGGCUGGAAAGUUGGAAUUGUAGGAAGAACUGGAGCUGGUAAAUCUUCGCUGAUUGGUGCACUCUUUAGAUUAGCUCAUAUCGAGGGCAAGAUAUUCAUUGAUGACGUGGAAACUGGUUCGAUUGAUUUGCAGGAACUACGAUCUAAAAUUUCAAUUAUACCUCAAGAUCCAGUUCUUUUCUCAGCGACGAUACGUUACAAUUUAGAUCCUUUCGAAGCUUAUUCAGAUGCGGAUAUAUGGAGAGCGUUGGAAGAAGUUGAAUUAAAACAAUCUAUCCCGGGCUUGGACUUCAUGAUUACAGAACGAGGAAGCAAUUUUAGUGUAGGGCAACGACAGCUGGUUUGUUUGGCACGUGCGAUCCUACGCAACAAUAAAGUUUUAGUUCUCGAUGAAGCAACAGCUAAUGUGGAUCCACAAACGGACGCUCUCAUCCAGCAAACCAUUCGCAAUAAAUUCAAAGAGUGCACCGUGCUGACUGUUGCGCAUCGUCUGCACACCGUUAUGGACUCUGACAGAAUUCUAGUAAUGGAAGCUGGCAUUGCUAUGGAAUUCGAUAUUCCUUACAUACUUCUUCAAAAUUCGAAUGGGAUUUUCAAAAAUAUGGUCGAUGCAACGGGAAGUGAUGCAGAUGCACUAAAGAAAGUGGCUCAAGAUACUUAUAAGCAAAUAAUGGCGAAAUCUGAAGUACUUUAAUAUUUUUAUUGGUAACGAUAACACCAAAGACAAUAUAUCCAAACAAGUUCUCGUUCUAUUCUUCUAAAGAUGAUCUGACGACAACAAAAUACGGAUGUACUUUAAUUUAUUUUCAAGCCUUAAAAAGCCUUUCAAAUUUUUAGCCCAUGUGCCUUUUACAUUAAACGCGAUAUUUAGGCGAAUAGGCGCUUUUAUGGCGAUAGGAUUAAGAUUCUACGAUUUUAUCAAAAGCGUGUUAAAGUUUUUUUAGAACCAACUAAGAUUAGAAUUUUAUACAUUGUUACUAUAAGAAAAAUAAAGAUUUUUAUCACAUGAA